AUGUGCGGUGUGGCUGCGCCCAAGCUGUCGGUCCCUUGCUCUUGUCAGGUUGGCCGUAUCGGUUCCCGAAACGGUGCCCGGGCGGAGGAGGGCGAGAAUAAGCAAUGGAGAUCAUUUUUGCCCGGACCAAAAGCCCCCAGGCCGAGGCUCGACUCCACCAAAACUGGCUGCAUGACGUGUGGUCGCAUUGGAGCCUCAUUGCUUGUCGGCGCGGCGUUGGAGCUGUCCCGCUACGCGAUACCGACUUUGAUUUGGUGUUGGUUCUCGACCUUUGUCGGUCUGAAGGAUUUCCAAUCAAGCCCCCUCAACGUAUCGAGGCUUCCAAAUCGAUCUGGACAGGCAGCCUCGCGCCUUGAAAAUGGCAGCCGGCAAACUAGACUACUAUGCCACGAUGACAUGCACAAUGCCUCCCCUUUGUGUCUAGAGGAAAUUGGGAUGCAAGCGACAUAUCGGACGGGUCGUGGAUUCCAGGACAAGCUCGUGGGUACCGAACGACGUAUGCAGCACCGCCAUCUGAAAGCUGAUACGCACCGGGGUUGCACGUCUUCCCGUCCCUGGUGGAUUGUCGGGGCGCAUGAUCGCGCUGUCCACACUCAAAAUCGACAAGUUGAGCGCUCCAACAACCGAGGCAUGUGGGGUUCGCCAAUUCCGGGGCCGGGAAGACUCGCAAGCGGGAUUGCGGAAUUGAAUAUUCACGGAUGCCGAUAUGGUCUUGGCGCCCGGCAGCGGGUCCCGGAGCGGCGUCUUUUGGUGAUACCCACGUUCCCGGAGGACCAAUUCACAAAGGGCACCAAAGUUGAGGCCGCUGUGGUGUGGAUAUUCACGAACGGGAGCAAGUACUCUCAACAAUGUCACAUUACGGUUGACUCUUUGGGCGAACGGAAAGCUGGAGACAUGAUCGGAACAAGUGGCCCGACUGACUCUAUGCGCGAGCCCGCUGCCUUGUUUGCAUCGUCUUUUUCUUGGUCGACUCUGCAUCCAUGGGUCCUGAAUCUCGAUCUACAACGUUCCUCAAUCGUUCUUCCUGGGUAUGUUUGGAAGGCAGCUGAAUGGCUGGUUGCGGAGCAGACUCGCCGACGCCCGGGCGAUAGUCAAGAACGGUCUGACUGUCGAGUCACGCCACCGGCCCCUAUUUCCAUGGGCAUCUAUGCAAAGACUUCCAAGAGACCUGUCACAUUAGAACAGAAGUCACUUACUGUGGUACGAGUUGGCAACAAAAUUGGUCUCUUUCAGGUGGGCCAAUCCGCCAAGAAUUGGAAGCGACAGUACGACAAGCAACACGCCCCAAACGAUUCGCAUGCAAGCACUGAUAUGGUUUCGUUUGCCUAUGUAUCCGUAUCUUUCGCUCAGUCAGGCAUUGGGCACGCAUGGGCAUCUGCCUCGGCCAAGUUAGGCUACAGCCUGUCAGUCAAACGCUGCAACGGUGGGAAGCAGAUCUCGGAUCUGCAACAAUGGCUUGCCAAGCUUUUCCCCUCGUACCUGGCUAGAUAUCAUGUGUGGCUGCCAAGGCAGCUCACAUUCGCACGAGUCAAACAUGUUGAAUUUGCGAUCACGAAGUGCGUUCAGACUCCACACGAUAUCGGAUUCUGUUAUCAGAACUUUCGAAAGCGCCGCCAGCGUUGGUUGGAGCAGGCAGUGCAGCAACCAACCUCCCAUCCACAGAAAUACCUCAUCGCUACAUUACCUCGCCCAGAGAUGAGCAUGACAACCCUUAUUCACUACGGUAUGCUAGUCACCUUCCGCGGCUCAAGCGCACGGCGGUCUAGACAAGGUAACCGUCAUCACCUACCCGAAUGUCUUCCGACCAAAGUCCGCCCCACUCAUGCCGUAAGGGACGCCCGUGGUUCGUCGUACGAUGAACCCCGAUCAGUCAUCCCGCCGUCACGGAGCAGUGGGGCCCCCACUGUGCAUCCUGCCGAUGCCCACGCCGGUCUUCUCCCGGCAUCUGAAAGCGGCAGAGCGGCGACUGGCACCCGGGUUGGCGUCGCAGCGACCCCAGUCAAAUGCGAGGCUGGCAACCGGAACCGUUGUUGUCGUGGCCGGUCUUGCGAUCGAGAUGCGUUCGGGAGUCGGUCGGCGGUGAUGGCGCGACCUGCCAAUUUCAUCGGAAACGUCUCUGAAGAGAGCCUUUCUUCCCGUGCCGAAACCGGCGGACUCGGUGCGUUGAAUUUGGCAAAUGCUCCAACAAGUGGACUGAGAGAUUCUACAUCGCUGGGCGUUUCAUUGCGCCCGACUUGUUCUCGAGAGCCAUUCUCGCGAACCCUCGAACAGAACUUCAACUUUACUGAAGCCACAAGUGUUUCCAAGCAGAACUUGUUCAACGUCCCCGAUGGGUUGACAGCCUCGGGCUACCUACCAGCCUACCUAGUUUGGAGCGUUCUGCAGGUUGGACCCUUGAUAUCAUGCUGUUAA